AUGCCCAAGGCGCACUGUCCCGGCACGUGCCCAACCGUCCAAAAUGAGCGUCGCGAAGACUGCUCCCGCUGCCGUCGGCAUCAAUUCAUGCCGCCCACCACCGCGCCGCUGCGACCAACGGCGUCGUUCAUGCCACGCCUUUCGACGAUGGAGAUGGACCCCGCCGUCGCCGAGCCGUGGACUCAACCGUCGACGCGCCAAAGCACUUCUGCACCAGUUGGC